AUGCUUCUGAAGUUGUUGGUGUUCCUAUGCCUUCUUCAAUUGGUGGAUUCGUGUCGUUUGAGAUGUCGAAACAUAACCCAAUGUGAUGAUGGUUGGACCUAUUACAAAAGAAAUACAACUGGAUGGUGUAUGAAAAUUGUUUUAGGGUCAAAAAUGAUCAUAAAUAAAACAGAGGGUGUAGCGAUUUGUGCUGAGUUGGGAGCUGUUUUAUCUUCAAUUGAUGAUUCGGCAAUGGAAGAUGUGGUUUUUAGUUUGAUAACUACGGCAAAUAUUCCAUACUUGGCCGUAACUUGGAUUGGUGCAACAUUGAAAACUGAGUGUACGUCAGAUGAGUGUGAAAAAACUGAUGAUAAUCAUUGUAAACAAACUGAGACGUGUGGAAAUAAUCGAUAUAUUUGGACGGAUGGUUACACAACAACACAAUCCGACCAAUUUCUUGAUGAUGAAAUGAAGAAAUUGAAUUGGGACGUUCCAGAGGGUUUUUAUUAUGCAGUUGAUUCAAAUUGUAUUUCUUACGGGAAGAUUUCUGCGUGUUUUGCAAAUGCAAUCGGAAGAGCGGCAUUUUGUGGAAAGAGAUCGAACAUUUGA